UAGUUGGCAUUACUUCUUCGCUUAGAGCCGCCGCUGCUUUUCAGCAACACAAUCCUAAGGCGGCAUACAAACAGUAUAUUUUAGAGGUUAAAAGAAAGAAGAAGAUAAACCGAAGGAAAGGCUAAAUUCUAAAUAUUUUGAAAUAUUUGUGCCGAACGAAAAGUAUCCUUAAAACAUGGUCCGCUACAAGACAAGGUAAUUCGAGGUACAUGAUUCUUGAAAUAACACCGCAUAAGAAUAACGAUAAACUAUUAUCAUUGAAAGCCACAGCUCUACAGGAUGCUAUUCAACAAAAAGUGCAAACAAUGUUCGGUGAUUUUGGAGUGGCUGCGAUAAAAGCUGCCUUUAGAUCAAGAUAUUGUAACACACACACUAAAAUUGCAAUGAUCAAGGCAGGACAUGGCCCUCACAAAUUCUUAUUGCGUGCUAUUCCACUAAUAAACGAUAUAAGUGGACGACAUGUUAAAAUAAGUAUUCUAUAUGUUGGAGCGACUAUGAAACAUUGCUUUCUGUUUAUCAGAAAACAUCAAGAAAAGAAGCUGGAACAAAUAUGGGCAAGUUUACGGACAGAAACUGAAAGAAAAGAAAUGGAAAAAGUUCUUAUGACUCUGACACCUGCUAUGAAAGACUUUAUAUCAAAAUAAUGUAACACAAUGUGAUAUAUAAUUUUUAGCUGUAUAUAAUAUAAUAUAUAUUUAACUACUACUCUUUCACAUUUCCAUUCUUGUAAAUAGUUGUUUAUAUGUUUAAGAGGGUAUGUGUAAAGACACUAUA